AUGGGCCGCGCGGAGCUCCCAUGCGGUGCUGGCUGCGACUGGGAGUGGUGGCAGCGGCAGUGCGCAGCAGCUGUCGUUCUCUCUUCCCUCGCGGAGUCGCCCUUGCACGGGGCCGAUUCACUGGCAGCUGUCCCCAACGAGGUGCCCUGGCGUCGUCCAGUGCUGGCCCCAGCUUCAGCCGCGCACAAAGGAGUUCUGGGCGUGGGGGGCAUUGGGGGAAGGAGCUCAGCCGCCAGCCAGGGCCGGAAGAAGCUGAAGGCCUACUUCAUCAACACGGACCUGGACGAGGCCCGGCGCCGGGGCGCUGAGGAGACCUGCCGCCAGCUGGGCCUGGACUGCCGCCGGGUUGUGCCGCCGCAGCUGAGAAGCGCGGAGGUGCAGCGCUGCGUGGAGACCACGCCGUUGAGGGCCUUCGAGUGCUCCCUGGUGCAUGCGCACCGCAGCAUCUUGCGCCAGAUCCGCGCGGCGCAAGAUCCAGCCGUGGUGUUGGAGGACGAUGCCCGCCUCAACGGCCGAGUCUCUCCGCAGCAUGGCCAGGAUUUGCUGGCCAGAGUCAACUCCCGUGACUUCGUGAUGAUGGGCUGGUGCGAUCCGUCCUGUGCCCAUGCCUACUUCGUGUCCCCAGCUGGCGCCACCAUGCUGCUGGGCCGCGGCUUCGAGAGCUGCUGGGAGAAAGACAAGCCCACGGCUGCCGGCAGACUCCAUGUUCCCAGCCUUUGA